AUUUCUGGCAACACAGCUAUGACGUUAGUCAACUUGUUUUAGUAUUGAUCGAUUUUAUUUGCGAAAUUAUUUAUACAAACACUUGUCGCUUCUCGGUUCAAACAUGCAUCAUUAUUGAGGCAACGCGGCAGUAAAUCACACGGUUACAAAAUAAUAAAAACAAUUACUUUUAUUUAUUUUCUGUGAUAAUUAACGUGAAAGUUCUUAAUUCGUGUCUUGUGCGCCAGUGACUUUAUUUUUUAAAUUGCAUUCGAAUUUUGAAUUAUGGAUAAAUUAAUUUACGUCGUAUUUGCCACGCUUAGCUGCGUUUUAUUAGCAUCAGCGAUUGAAAUUGAUACUUAUGAUUUUCUUAUGCCGAAUGUUUGGCCUCACAGGGAUGAACUCUACUUAUGCACGCCGAUCAGGAUUUCACCACACAGUAAUUAUUACAUAGUCGGAUUUGAGCCAAAUGCCACGAUGCACACAGCCCAUCACAUGCUGCUGUACGGAUGCUCGGAGCCAGGAUCAAAUGAAUCAGUUUGGAGCUGUGGUGAGAUGCAAAGCAAUGAGGUUGAUGAGCUGUACAAUACUGCCAGUCCUUGUCGUUCCGGAUCUCAGAUUGUCUACGCCUGGGCCCGUGACGCUCCGAGCCUGCAUCUCCCUAAAGACGUCGGAUUUCUGAUUGGCAAGGACUCGCCCAUCAAGUACUUGGUGUUGCAAGUGCACUACAUGCAUCGUUUCCCAGAGGACAAAGUUGACAACUCCGGUGUUUUCCUGAAAUAUACGAAGGAAAGCAUGCCUCGUCAAGCCGGCGUGAUUUUACUCGGCACCAGCGGCGUGAUCCCGCCACAUCACAUCGAGAAUAUGGAGACGGCUUGCACCAUCAACGAGAACAAAGUCAUCCAUCCCUUCGCUUACCGCACUCACACUCAUGCACUGGGAGUCCUAGUAUCAGGCUACGUAGUCCGGCAAGACGAGGGCGGCGAUGUAUGGACGUUACUCGGCAAGAAGAACCCGCAACUACCACAGAUGUUCUACCCAGUCGUCAACAUCAAGCCCAUAGAGCGAGACGAUGUGUUAGCAGCAAGGUGCAUCAUGAACAAUACUAACGACUACGCUGUCAGGAUUGGUGAACACUUCUCUUACAGAGCUACGAACAAGGACGAAAUGUGUAACUUCUACCUAAUGUAUUGGGUGGAGAAUGACACACCUUUGGAACAAAAGUACUGCUUCUCUGCCGGACCCCCUUAUUACUACUGGAACCGAGCUCGGGAAAACUUGGGUAAUAUCCCCCCCAGUGAAGUUUAAGCACCAUUGAAGGUUGGCAAAGAGAUUUGGUCAAAAAGUCUGCUUGAAAAACGGUAAUGAACUAUGAUAGUAAGAGCUAAUUUCACCGCUUCUGAAUAAGAAUAUUUUGAUGGUACGUAAGUAAUAAAUAGGAGGAAUUUAAAGCAAGAAUUAAUUCGUAAAAAAUGUUAUUGAAGUCAAUGGAUGGUUGGUUCAUUUGAUUUUGAUCAUUAUGUCUUAUGAGAGACUAGUGUAUAUUGGCUAUAUCUUGGGUUUUCUCACUUCAUAAAAUCCUCGAUAAUAUCAUGAAAUUUCGUGAUCGGUGAUCCUCCAUUUUUUGGGAGUUUAAGAAAACUCCUAUAAACCUAAGCCGUUAAGCAAAUGUACGAUAUGGCUACGACAUAAGGACUAGAGAAGAGAAAUUCAAACAUCUUACUUAAACGUGAUUAAUAUUAAAUUAUUGCUAAUUCAUACAUCAUACAAUGUUCUUAUGAAGAAGAGGUGAACUUGGCUGUAGCAAUUUUGUCGUUUAUUUUGAAGCAUAAUACGAAUUGUAUCAAUUAUGGCAGCUGUUCGCUGUUUAAAGUUUUUUUUUUCGAUUUUACUAUGAAUACAGUAGGUUUAGUGUAUUUUCGGUUUUACCAUGAAUAUCACUUCAAAUUGUGUAUUCAGUUUUAAACUUUUACUCCCAAAUUAUAAGGUCUGAAAUUAACGAAACAUUCCAUAGAUAAAGACUAUUUUUUAUUUGAUAUACUUAUUUAUAUUUAAGUUAAAGAUAAACAAAAGCCUAUAUUUCUUAUUUCAAAUUCGGAAUGCAGACGGAUUUAAAUAAAGAAAAAAAAUAUUAUUCGGAUGUCAAAUUUAGAUUGGAAAGAGGUUCAAUUUGACAAAACAUGACAGAUAUUUACAAUUAUAUAAAGAUCUGAGUGUAGCUAAUUUAAAAAAAUAUAUAGGAAAUUAAUAUUUAAUUGAUCCACUAAAUCUAUACUUCUAGUCAAAAUCAGUAUGAAAGACUUGAUCUAUCGUAAUAAUUAAUUAAGAGCGUGUACGUCAACCGCGCGCCAUUUGGCCUAAAAUGGUACUUUUCAAACCACUGUUUCUCAGUAACUACUUAUCGUAUAACUAUGUUAUUUUUUAAUAACGCAAGGUAAUUUCACUGUCUAUAUAGUUAAUUGAACAUAAAUUUCAAUUUGUGUAGUUUAAAUACUUAAAACCCCUAUAACGUAACAGAUGUUUUAUAAAAUUCCCGUUCAGCGUCUAUUUCGAAGCUUAAAUUCAUGUGAAAACAGUGGCAAAUCUAAUCAUAUUUAUUUUUUUACUCAUAGACGAAAUCUCCAUGCCUAUAGUUAGUUGAAAACAUUUUUUGAUUUAGGUCUCUAUCUUUCAGAAAAAAAUAUUUUAACAAUGUGAAAAAUUGUGAAUUUCAAAUGCUUUUUUUACCUAUCUAUCUUACUUAAUUUAAUAUAACAAUUAUUUACUAUAGUAAUAUAACUCUUUCUUUAAAACAUAAACUUUAUAUUAUAAUUUAAUCUCUCGUUUUUAUUUUUUUAUAAAUUAUUUAAAAACUACUAUAAAACGCUGCACGCGAGUCAACUCAAACCAGACCGCCGCAAGGCUUCACAGAGAGAGAACGUGUCGCUCCGUCACAUCGCGUAGGGUGAAUAACCUCUGCCGUGAAUACCGAGAAUAGA